UCCGACGAGGACCGCGGGCGACCGCGGGCGCAGGCCAGGGCUGCGGGACUUCGGCUUUGCCUCGGUGAACACAUCUUUUGAUUACUUUGACACGGUGGAAUAGAGAGCUGGGGAAGAGAGGCGAGGCUUGGGCGCCCCCCCUUGCACCCGCUCUUCGGGGACUCCAGUUUGGAUGUCAAGAGAUUCCUGAACCCUCUUUGCGAUCGGAGGAGGAAACACGCGCGCGCACACACGCGCGCUCAGGGCCCCACUCACACGCCCUCCACGAGCACACACCGCCAGACUUGGGUUCCCUAUGCCCCAGAACGGCGACGGCGGAUUGGCAUCUCGGAAGCGAUGCAAGCGCGAUAAGGCUGGCGCCGGCCCGCGGAAGCUGCAGGACCAUCGCUAGGUGUUGCCGCCACCAGGAAGCCGGGCUGCAGGAUGAGUAAGAGAUACUUACAGAAAGCAACAAAAGGAAAGCUGCUAAUAAUAAUAUUUAUUGUAACCUUGUGGGGGAAAGUUGUAUCCAGUGCAAACCAUCAUAAAGCUCAUCAUGUUAAAACGGGCACUUGCGAAGUGGUGGCACUCCACAGAUGCUGUAAUAAGAACAAGAUAGAAGAGCGAUCACAGACAGUCAAGUGCUCCUGCUUCCCCGGGCAGGUGGCAGGCACCACGCGAGCAGCUCCAUCUUGUGUGGAUGCUUCAAUAGUGGAACAGAAAUGGUGGUGCCAUAUGCAGCCAUGUCUUGAGGGAGAGGAAUGUAAAGUUCUUCCAGAUCGGAAAGGAUGGAGCUGUUCCUCUGGGAAUAAAGUGAAAACAACUAGGGUAACCCAUUAACAAAGGAUAAAUCAAGUGAUCCUCAAGCCUGAUUACAUUGAACAUAUGCACAGAAACUUAAUUCCUGAGGUGAUCUUGAAGGGAGAUUUUUAUAUCGCUCACAAGAGGCACUGAAGAGUCUUAUUUCCAAGGGAUUUCAUGGCUCGUAAUCAGCCUCUUCUUGAAACCGAGACUUUUAAAAAGUCAGACAUGAACUUCUAUGUCAUGAAGAUUUUGUCAGAUUUGAACUGUGUUCAACUUGUAAAAUUGCACUUGCUAAGAGAAUUUGAAUUUGCCAUCUGAAGAGCUGGUGUUUCCAGGUGAUGUCAGAGACACUCACCUUUAUGGUUCUUGGCCUCAAGUGUGACUGUUUUUCUUGCUUCUGAAAGUCUGCCAAGUGCACCGGCCUGCAGCCAUGGAUGUGUUCCUGGGUCUGGGCCUGUGUUCAUUGGCUGGUGGGACUGCACCUGGCUUUACUGACAUUUUCUUUGUGAACUUCUCCUCUGGCAUGGUGUAGACUGAGAUGAUUUUAUUUGUAACCUAACGUUGGAGCUCUGAAAGCCUACAUGUUUUAACAUCUUAAAGUCGCUUUUGUUAAAGGAAUGGAAAUAUAUAUCCAUUGAUAAUAAUUAUUGUUGGCAAGUAAUAGUUAUCUGAAUACAUCAAUCAUAUAAGAAUGUAUAGACAAGCUGACAUGUUUCCCCAAGGCUAACAUACUACUGCAGCUCUCUGUCAGUUAAAUAGGUAGUAGUUAGAACUGAAUUUCCAUUUUCAUUAUAUGCUAUUUUGUACUUCUAGAGUACUCUCCCUCUUGGUUUUUGUUUUGUCUUUUAAGUGGGCUUUUUCUUUUGUUUAUAUUUACUUUUUCCCUUCACAGAAAUCAGCAGUAAGCAGUCGAGUAUGUAUGUAGCCUUCAGUUUCAAAAAAUCGCCAGGGAUGCAUGUGGAUUUCUGAUUUCUUAGCUUGAGAGUUAUUCACUUAAGAUUUCUUCUAGUAAAUUUUUUUUAACUGUCCUAUCAUUUUUAAUAGACUGUCCCUUGCUCGCUCCCAAUGACUGUUUGAAUGCUUAUAUAUUUGUUUGUUCAGUCUGUUAAUAGAAUUGUUCAUUUUCCUUGGUCUUGAAUUUAUAAAUAUUUGCUUAUAGUUGUCCCAUUCAAACAAUUUCUUAGGUCAGUUUCUGUCCAGUUUUGUAGUCAUUUUAACAUUUUUUGUUUUUCAGUUCUACAGGAAAGUCUUACAAAUAUUUAAAAGCCUUAAACAUGUAUGUACUUUUUUCCUAAGUUAUUAGAGAAUGUAUAAUUUUAUACUACAUUUAUUUUAUUUCAUUUGUUAUGUGAAGGUAGAGAAGAAUUGAAAAUGCAUAGCCAUUCUGUAAUAAUAUUGUGUAAAUGUAUAGUUGAAGGGAUGUAACCAGAGAGACUUCUUUGUUUACUCAUCUUAACCUAAUAGGAAGAUACUUCAGAAAUUGUCCUAUUAGAAGUUCCAUUAUGUUAGAAAAAAUGUGACCAUCUUUCAUAAUUUUAAAACUCACUGACAUGGUCAAUUAAGUCUAUGCUGGUUUCCAUGAUGGAGGCUGACAUACCUUGGAGAGUUUUGGUCUGUUAGUUGGCAAUGAAUUUCAAAGACCAGAACAUUACCCAGAAUGUCUUCUGGGCAGAAAAACUGAAAAUGUAAAAUUUGUCAAAAGUCAAAUUUGUGAAGUAUACUUUGGACAGUGAACCAAAGUGUAUUGCCCCACAAGUCCAUGGGAUGAAAUGACUUCCUCCCUCUAUGUUAGUUAUACAUAAAAUUAAUUAGAGGACUCUGAAUGGAUUUUGCAAUAGUUCAAGACUGUAUGAAUUCAGAAAGAAAAAAAUAACAAUUGUGUUGGAAUUUUUGCAUCAAUUGUAACAGCAUUAAUUUCUUUGGAGCAAAGUAGAAACCUGUAUUAUUUUGGAAAUUAUGAAUUUGUCCUAGGUUUGUUUGAAAUUGUACAUCAUGCUUCUCAUUUUUUUUUAACUGAGUCCUUUAAAACAACACUGGAAAUUCUGUAUUAUAUACAAGUGUAACACAUGCAUAUCAAUAGAAAAAAAUAAAUGGAAUUUCAAAUAUACUAACUAGAUUAUCCCCAGUAGAUUAAUGUUGUGACUAUUCAGAAAAGGUAAAUAAAAUUGGGAUAUAAAAUGGA